UGUGCCAACUUUCGUUUGUUUUAUUUGUUGCAAUUAUUCAUAUAUUAUAAUAUUUGGUGACAAAUAUAAUUUUAGUUGUGGAAUGUAAAUCGUGAUGCGAAUACUUGUGAAGUGGUUGUUGGGAAAAUACUAAGUUGUGAAAAUGAAUUGAUUGAUAAAUCACAGGAAUGUCAAAGUCAUAUGAUAACAAUUCAAGAAAUUACAGUUUUUCUAGUAAUUAUAAUAUUAGAAAAUUUCUUACAGCUUAAAACUGUAAUAGUGGUUAAAAAUAGUGAAAGUAGUAAACUGAAGAUUAAAAAAAUAUUUUUCAAACUAGUUUCAAAAUAAUUUGAAACUUAGUUUCAAAAUAAUUGAAUAAACAAUAUGCGUUUUAAAGUCAUCCUGUUAUUGCAUGAAAAUUGUCUACUUAGAACUCAAAAAAUUUAAUCAGAAUCCAAAUCAAAACAUGGGUGCUGACUUUUGUUGCAGCAUGAUCAAAGUACAAAUUAAUAAUGUGUUAUUUCAUGAUAGUUAAUGAGUUUGUAUGUCUUUUGGAUUUUAAUAAGAGUUUCUGGAACUUUAAGAUAAAUCAUGGGGGGCACCAUAAAAGUGGCUACUUCUACGGAAUUACCCCGAUUUCAAAUCAACAACUCAGACCAUUUGGAGUUACCGAUUGAUAUGCGUUUUAACGAGGGUCACAUUGUUAGUAUUUUCAUUUAUAGCGUGUUAAUGAUAAUAUCUGCUGUGGGAAACACAACGGUAUUAGUGUUAAUUAUACGUCGUAGACGUACAUCUAAAUCAAGAAUACACAAUAUGUUAAUGCAUCUUGCAAUUGCUGACCUACUUGUUACUUUUUUAAUGAUGCCGCUUGAAAUUGGUUGGGCAAUUACAGUUUCCUGGAAAGCAGGAGAUGCAAUGUGUCGAAUAAUGGCUUUUUUUAGAGUGUUUGGUCUAUAUUUAUCAUCCUUUAUUCUGGUAUGCAUAAGCAUCGACAGAUAUUAUGCUGUGAUACAUCCUCUUCAAUUAUGGGAUAUUGACAAAAGAGGAAAACUUAUGCUGUGUCUUGCAUGGGGAGGAUCCAUUGCAUGUUCUAUGCCUCAGAUGAUAGUAUUUCAUUUGGAAACCCAUCCAAAUAUUACUUGGUACUCUCAGUGUGUCACAUUUAAUACUUUCCCAACAUACACUCAUGAAAUAACAUAUUCGUUAUUUGGAAUGAUUAUGAUGUAUUGGUUUCCUCUCAUUGUGAUAAUAUACACUUAUACAAGCAUUUUAUUAGAAAUAUGUAGAAGAUCAAAAAAGAGCGAAGGUGAUAAGAUUCGUCGUUCUUCCAUGGGCUUUCUCACUCGAGCAAAAGUACGAACUUUAAAGAUGACGGUUAUCAUUGUUACCGUGUUUUUUAUUUGUUGGACACCAUAUUACGUAAUGAGUCUUUGGUAUUGGAUUGAUCGCCAUUCAGCAUACAAAGUUGACCAACGAAUUCAAAAAGGUCUUUUUCUAUUUGCAUGUACUAAUUCUUGUAUGAAUCCCAUUGUUUAUGGAGCAUUUAAUAUUCGAGAUCGCAAUAAGACAUCUGUGAGGCCAGCAACCAUAGAAACUCGAGUUACUCCAUUGACCUUAUCGCUUAAACUACUUGACUGAUAUUUUUUACGUAUAAAGAAUGUAUACAAUAAGUUAAAUCUAGUCGUUGGCAUCAAAUGUAACUGUGAUCGACGAUCCAAUUAUUAACAUUCUGGUCAGAACAGCAUAUAUACAUUGUAUUAGAAAGGUCUCUUUACAAUGUGAUUA